AUGAGGAUCACAUUGAUCGGUACACUUUUGCUGUUUUCAGCCUUGGCGCGCUGUCAACGGGCAGCAGAGCGAUCAAGACCAGCCUGCGUCACAGACUGUCAGAAGUCCCUUGCUGAGCAUGGACUACUCAGGGAUGGCAUGAAGAGCACCUGCGCCACUCCCAAACUUCAACGUGCGCACUUCCAGUGCCUGAUCAAUCUUUGCAGCCCUGAAAACUACGGUCGAGCCUUGGCAUACUCAGUUUCCGCUUGCUGCGAUACCGGCGUCAAUAUCAUCCCCCUGCAUCCUAUCGAGGUUGACCUGCCUCCUGAGCACAAGCGAAGCCAGCAGCCUGAAGUGUUUGACAAGACAUUUCCUGGCGACAAGUUCACGGAUUUCAACAGAGAGUUCAGCUUGGCACGCAAUUUUGCGGUUGCUUUGACCUGCAAUGCUGGCCAAGACGGCGUCGUCACAGUGUCUCUGGUGUCCCCUCAGGCAUCUAUCGCUUCAACGGCGAUGGCUAGUGAUGAGGAAGUGUUUUCCGUGAACGGAUUCAUGGCUACCGUUUUGUCUAGUGCACCGGCUGCAACGUCUGCAUGUAAGGCUUUUCUCGUGGAUGGAUCCAGAGACCUUGAAACUCACGCUACAACGGACUGCGAAUCUUCCAACAGCGCCCAGCUGAAGACUUCUGCAACAUCAACUACGCAGACACAUAACCUACUCGUCAGCUCCAUGUACGUCUACUGCUUCAAAAUUCGAAGACAGCCGAGCUCCCCCGCGGGCGACUUUGUCGGCACAGAACUCGCACCAUUCAACAGCUGGGUGCACUUCGUCACCCCUUCAGACUGA